AUGAUCCGACACGCAUUGACUUUGCUUCUGCUCUCGACGACCAUUACUGGUCAGGUCACCUCUCCCGACAGUCCUUACAACCCCGAGUCGCAGGAUGACGGCGAUGCAUUGGCAGAGAGGGCCGUCAACCCUGGGAUUAAGCCUCUCCCAAGUGUGAAGCCGGCCCCGGGCUCGAAGCCAGCCCCGAGUGUCGUGCCUCCCCGAAAUCAGACGUCAUCUCACGUUCCAUCGACGUUCUCCAAGUCGAUCCGUAUCACCACUUCCUCUCACUGGAGUAGCUAUGCUCCUUCCUCUUCCCGGAAACCGACAUGGAGCCCGCUUCCUUCUUCUACCCGGAAGCCCAGUCAACUUCCUUCCUCAACCUGGCAUAGCAGUGCCCUGAAGCCGUCGUCCACGCCGGCCCCGAUCCAUGUGAGCAACGGAGAGACGGUUGCCGCAGCUGUCGGCGCGGUGAUUAUCGGAGGAAUCCUGGGUGGCUUUGUCAUGGCGCCCUCCGGUGCGCUUCUGCCCAUCGCGGCGGGACAGACUGCCGUGUUGUCGGCAGCGGCCGGCUCCGGAGCCGCUGGGUCGAUGCCCGAAUUCGAACUGGAUCCCGUUGACGACAAGCCUGAUCUGCCCGAGUCCGUCCCGGAGGUCAAGCCCACUCAGCAGAAACCCACCGAGAAGCCCACCGAGAAGCCUGCGACGCCUACACAGGUCCCCACUCCCUCUCAGUCCUACGAUCCUUGGACUUCCUCCGCGGCACCGUGGUCCUCCUCGGCUCCCCCGUCAGAGUUCCCUUCUUCGACGAGCGCACCCUUCUCCUGGACCUCAUCAGAGCCUGCCUCCUCUCUUGUGACCACCUCAUCUGUGUGGAGCACUACCAUCCCCACUUCUACUUCAUCGGCUGCCCCGACCAGCACUGCUCUCAACUGGAUUGACCACGACAAGGUCGCCGCCUUGAAUGAGGCAACUUCUCUAGGACUGGAGGGUCAACUCCAACUCCGAUUCAACCCCGAGCUGUUCGUUUCUGGAGGCUGUGAUCCCUACCCGGCCGUUGACGCCUUCGGAAGUCUUGGAGCUGGUUUGAGACCUACCGGUGGCGGACGAAGCGGAUGCGGCAACGGCGGAACCGGGCAGGUCUACGUCCGCCGCGGAAGCAGUCAAGGCCGUACCGCCAUUAUGUACUCAUACUACUUCCCCAAGGUCCGCUGGGCCAAGGGCAACGACAACGGCCACACUCACUACUGGGCCAGCAUCGUCGUCUGGGUCAACCGCUGGGGCUGCGAGGGCGACACGGACGUAUCGGCCGUCUUCCCCGUUGGCGUGUCGUUCACCAGAGACCACACGGUAUGGGAUACUGCACAGACUGGCGACAUCUCCUACUUAGAGUCGACGCACCCCAAGAUGCAGAUUCACGACAACGCCAUGUCGCCUUUCACGGGCGCCGAUGGUGACAAAGUCUUUGAGCGCACUCUCGUGGCUUGGGAUGCCCUUCCUGACGCAGCUGAGCGCGCGCUGUCUCUUGUUGAGUAUGAGAAGACCCAGGUGCCGUUCAUUGACGCCAACUUCCAGACCUAUCUCGAUGCUGCGUAUAAGGAGAGCUUCUACGGCGCCUUGACUGAUCAGCAGGGCUGCGGCGGCACCAACUAG